AUGUCAGACUGGGAUAAUGUUACUGUUAUUGGCCAGAAGGCCCGUGUUGGUGGCGGUGGCCCAAGAGAGAGAGUCGCCCGUUCUCAGGCCGAAGUGAACGCUGCUAGAAGAAGUGGUGCUGCUAUCAACACCGAGAAGAAGUACGGCUCUACCAACACCAAAUCCAACCCCGAGGGCCAGAGAUUGACCAAGUUGGACAACACUGAUGAUGUCGUCAGCGUGAAGAAGGUUGAGGCCAGCGUUGGUAAGACGAUCUCGCAAGUUAGACAAGAGAAGAAGCUAACUCAGAAAGAUUUGGCUACCAAGAUCAACGAGAAGCCUCAGGUCAUCAACGAUUACGAGGCUGGCAGGGCUGUGCCUAACCAGCAAGUCUUGGGUAAGAUUGAGAGAGCAUUGGGAGUCAAGUUGAGAGGUAAGAACAUUGGUGAGCCAUUGUUCGGCCCCAAGAAGAAGUAA